UGUUUUCUAUUCUCUCAGUCUAGCUUUGGCUUCUGGCCUGGACACUUGCACGAUGUUACACGAAGAAGAAGUCUCGGCGCCGAAAUCAGUGAAAGAAGAUGAAAUUCUCGCCGAAUGGAACGUGGAAUUUUCCAAAGUGGAGAAGUCUCUGAAUGGAGAUUUUAAAGAACACUUACCAAACGUGAAUGGAUUUGUAAGAAGCGAACCCGGGGGUUUUAUGAUGGACGAGUACGCGCGCCAUGCAGAGAAAGUCUAUCGUUUUCAACCAAGAAAUGACGACGUUUGGGUUGUAACAUUUCCUAAAUGUGGAACAACAUGGACGCAAGAAUUGGUCUGGAUGAUCAUGAAUGACUGCGAUAAAGUUAGGGGGAAGGCGCCUUUAUUGAUUCGAUCACCAUUUCUGGAAUUUCCCUAUAUGUUGCCACCGGGAACCAUGCCAGCAGAACUCACGAAAAUGAUGGUAACUCUUGAAAAGGUAGAGGAAAUGCCUUCACCAAGAAUUAUCAAGAGCCAUCUUCCAUUUUAUCUCCUUCAUCCAAAAUUGUUGGAUACUUGCAAAGUGGUGUACGUGGCCCGCAACCCGAAAGAUGUUAUCGUUUCAUUUUUCCAUCAUCACCAACUGAUGGAGAUUCACGGAUUUUCCGGGGACGUUGAGACAUUCGCCCAAUACUUUAUGGACGACGAACUAAUGUUUUCCCCCUUUUUCCCUCACAUCCUGGAUGCAUGGAGCAAACGCCAUCAUCCAAACAUGCUUUUUCUUUUCUACGAAGAUCUGAAAAAGGAUUUACGCGGAGAAAUAGAAAAGGUGGCCAAAUUUCUCGAUAAAUCUCUUUCGGAAGAGCAACUCACGGAUCUGAGAGAACAUUUGCGCUUCGACAACUUUGCAAAGAACGAGUCGGUGAACAUGGAAGCUGCCAAGCAAUUUGGUGGUAUCAAAAUGGACGGCCACUUUAUACGCAAGGGCAAAACGGGCGAUUGGAAAAACCAUUUUGGUCCGGAAAUGAACAAGCGCAUCGAUGAGUGGAUUGACAAAAACCUGAGCGGCACCGAUCUCAAGUUUGUCACAGAACUUGAAUUCCAAGAUUAACUGCUUUAUGGUACCAGGAUACAGAUUGGAUGCCACAUCAUUUUAGAGGGCUCUAAGAAAAAACAAUGCACCACUUUUUUUCUUUCUUCAAACAAAAUAUACUAGUUAAAUAGA